AUGUCCUCUUCCCAUCGCCAUCAACCAAUCCCGACGACUAGCCAUGGCACCCAUCCCAGGAGGCCGACCACCGCACCAGGCUCAACAUCCCUGAGGCCGGAGCUCGAGCGGAGGACGCCGUCGAAUACAGAGGAGAAUUGUGACCCAUUCGAGUAUCUGGGCUGUUCCAACUGCACCGAUGACUUCUCUAGCCAUCGGGCCUCGCAAACCUCCUACAAGCCAAGCUCGUUCUGGCUAAUGGAAUGUGGUCAUCUGGCUUGCGCGCCCUGCCUAGGCUACCCGGAUGUCCAAGAACUCGACCCAACCCAACACUAUCGUUGCCCGAUUCCAUCGUGUCGUGGGUUUCGCUCAGCAGUGUAUGAGCUCAAUCGACAGAAGCCAAUCCCUCCGGCAAUCAAGGAAUUCUUCGAGAAUCCCAACUCGAUGACCGAACGAUUGGGCUCAGUCCUAUCCUUCCAAAACCGUCAGAUGAAGAUGAGGAUCGCAAACUUGAAUAAGCUCGUCCACGUCCAGCGGCAAGCGCUGCGCCAACAUCAGGCUAACUCGAACCAGGAGGUGCCCAUCCUCAAGCAGCAGGUCUAUGACCUCAAACACCAGCUACGUGCCCUCAAACACCAGCUCCAACAGCAGCAUGCUCCUAGGCCGGCCCUUCAGCUUCCAAUUCAUCUGGAUCAAUUUGGUCAGCCUUCUAAACCCGUCAAGCGUCGAACUACGCUUGAUCAAAACCAAGGCCGCCAAGCUCAAGGAAUCAUCCCUCGAGCAUCGAGAGCUAGUUCGUUCCACCACCAACAUUUUGACGAGCCUCGCAAUCUGCCGCACGACCCACGGAUCAGUCGCCCACAUACUGCAACAAGCUUCAAUUCGAACCCGACUGUCCAGGUACCCAGGACUAUCAGUCGUGGAGCCAACCAAGACCUCCCACUGGCUAAUAUGAGCCACGAAGACCUGGGAUUUGACCCUGACCGUCGACAAAGAACCGAGAACGAUGCGCAAGAAAGGAGUUUCUUUGCGGGCGAUGACCGACAGGUAUACAACCACCAACUGGGGGCGAUCCCGGAGGAUGAAGACCAAGCAGCAUUCGUCGAAGAUCUGCGUGUUGCAGGGGGGCCGAGCCGACGGGCGCCGAUGAAGGAAAGGAUGGGGGGAGUGGGGAGAUCGGCGAGUGGGAUGCGGGCAGAGCAGCCCGUCCGGAUGCCGCCCGACCCGCGCAGAGCGUAUGGCGCCCGAGUCAGGCCGAUGCCGAUGCCCACGCCCUCCCGGGCAGCCCCGGUGUCGGGCCGACGGCAGGAGACCUUCGCCCAGCCGGCUCGUCCGCCCAACCAAGCCAUGAACAUCCCCGCGAGACGCGACUCUCGAGUCGCAAACAAUUCGCCUCUCGAAGGCUUCGUCUAUCACCACGACCAUCCGCGACCCAAGAACGCCAUCGUCACUCGCCCCGAUCCUCGCCCACCCCGCCCUAACCCUAUGCCCUUCCCUCAAAGGCCCCCGCCCGAACUCAUCGAGCGUGCAACUCCGUCCAAACGCCCUAAUCCUUUCCUCUCCCGUGGCCCCGUCCGUCCUCGAUUUUAG